AACUUAUUAAAGACAGACACAUUCUCUCCCCUUCUUCAGAAUUAGUCCCUCGUCAACGACAUUGACUUUGUCUCCUCUCUAGUCUCUCCUUCUUCUUACCUGUUCGAUCAUAUUGCAGCUUCCUUAUUCUUCCAAGCUUCGGUUCCGUACCCAAGGUAAGUUUUUUGAGUAGCAGCAAAAAUGAGUGACAAUCUCAUGGACAAAGUUACCGCCUUUGGUGAGCGCCUCAAGAUUGGUGGCUCAGAAGUGAGCAACAAAAUCACCGCCGGUGUUAGCUCCAUGAGCUUAAAAAUGAAGGAGCUUUUCCAAGGCCCAAACCCAACUGAUAAGAUAGUUGAGGAUGCUACUUCGGAGAAUCUAGAGGAGCCUGACUGGGAUAUGAAUCUGGAGAUAUGUGACAUGAUUAAUCAAGAGACUAUUAACAGUGUUGAUUUGAUCCGUGGGAUAAAGAAGAGGAUUAUGAUGAAGCAGCCGAGGAUUCAGUACCUCGCCUUGGUUUUGCUUGAGACUUGUGUUAAGAACUGUGAGAAGGCGUUCUCUGAGGUGGCAGCUGAGAGAGUCCUUGAUGAAAUGGUUAGGAUGGUUGAUGAUCCACAGACUGUUGUGAAUAACCGGAACAAGGCUUUGAUACUCAUUGAAGCUUGGGGUGAAUCGACUAGUGAACUUCGUUACCUACCGGUUUUUGAAGAAACUUACAAGAGCUUAAAGGCGAGAGGUAUCCGUUUCCCUGGACGAGACAACGAGAGCUUGGCACCUAUUUUCACCCCUGCUCGGUCAGCUCCAGCACCAGAAGUGAACACUGAUCCUCCUCAGCAUACUCGUGAGCCUGAGCGUGUUCAGUAUAGUCCUCCUGUGAGAAGCUUUACCGCUGAGCAGACAAAAGAAGCUUUCGAUAUAGCAAGAAACAGCAUUGAACUUCUUUCCACGGUUCUCUCCUCUUCCCCUCAACACGAUGCUUUACAGGAUGACUUAACAACGACACUUGUACAGCAAUGUCGCCAGUCUCAAACCACUGUCCAAAGAAUCAUCGAAACAGCAGGCGAAGACGAGGCCCUUCUCUUUGAAGCCUUGAAUGUGAACGACGAGCUUGUGAAAACUCUGUCCAAGUACGAGGAGAUGAACAGACCCUCUGCACCGCUAACGGCACCCGAACCAGCCAUGAUUCCCGUCUCUGAAGAGCCUGAUGACUCUCCACUUCACGGAAAAGAAGAGUCUCUGGUCAGAAAAUCGUCGAGUACACGAGCAUCUAUCCUUGGGAGUGGUGGUGAUGACAUGAUGGAUGAUCUUGAUGAGAUGAUAUUUGGGAAGAAGAGCGGUGACUCUUCCACCGAUAAGCAGCAGUCUUCGUCUAAGAAUGAUGAUUUCAUUCGAUUCUGAGAUGGUUCUUGCAAAACUGUGUUAAUGGAUUUGGUGUUUAAUUGGUGAUAAUGGAAAACAGUUUCUAUGUAAGUAAUCUGUGUUUGAGGAUCUCUUUGGAUUUGUGUGAUGGUUUAUAAAGAAAGAGAGUUGUUAACU